AUGUUCCCCAGCAGAAUGGCUCUGAGCCAGUCCAGCCUGCUGUGCGGUCCGCUGGAGGAGCUGCAGGAGCUCGCCUUCAUCGAGAGGCCGAUCCGCAGGAGCCUCAAGACUGCAGAGGAGAUCGAUCAGCUGACUGUGGACGAAGACCUGAACGACAUCGAGAGAGCCGUCUACCUGCUCAGCGUGGGUCAAGAGGUGCAGAGGGCCAGCGUUAUCAGUAACCUGCCGAGUCUCGUCCGCCAGAAUCCUGCUGAGACUUUUCGUCGGGUUGUACCAAAAGUUCGGGAGGUCCUGAAUGGAGCCGGAGGUGAAAUCCAGCUGGCAGCAGCGGGGUCAUUUUUAACCAUCCUCCAGGACGACAUCAUCCUGAUCCACACCCAUACCUACUCCAUCCUGAAAACUGUCCUGCUGCACCUGAACCAUCGGGACACAGUGGUUAGCAACGCCUGGUUAGAGACUCUGCUGUCAGCCAUCAACGCUCUGCCCAAAGAGACCAUUAAACAAGAGGUGCUGAACCCCCUCCUGUAUCAAUCUCAGCUGUCUCACUCUCCUCAGGCUCGUCUGGCCAGCUGUCGCAUUUUAGGGAAAGCCGCCUGCAAGUUUGAUUCUCACAUAGUGAAGAAGGAGCUGCUGCCGUUUGCUCGUUCUUUGUGUCAGGACCCUGAGUUUGAGGUCAGAGCAUGUAUGUGCCGUCAGCUGGAGGGUAUUGCCAGGGCCACCGGGGUGGAUGACACCAGGAUGGAGCUUCUCCCUGAGCUGGUGGAGCUUGCUGGAGACGAGGCGAGCACAGUCCGUCUUGCCGCCUUCGACACCAUCAUCAACCUGAUGGAGAUGAUGGACAGCGACAACCGACUCCAUGUCGUGAUUCCCCUGGUAAUGUCGGUGUGCGAGACCUCAUCACAGGCAGAUGAAGCCAUUGUGGCGUCUCUGUCGUUUCAGUUUGGAAAACUCUGCAGCGGACUGGCAGGGUCUCUGUCAGAUGAGCAGAAGGGUCGCUUACUGCAGAGGUUUAAGAUGAUGUGUGUCGCUGGACUGCAGACUGAAGGAAACCAGACUGAUGGCAACAAUGAGGCUACACUGAUUCGCUGCAACUGCUGCUACAACCUGCCGGCAAUGGUGGUGUUUGCGGACUCAGCUCACUUCUUGUCAGAGCUCUACCCUUCUUUCUCCAGUCUUUGUAGUGACCCAGAGGUCAGCGUCCGGCGAAGUGCUGCAGCCAGUUUCCAUCAGGUGGUGAAGCUGCUCGGUUCAAACGUCCAGCUCGUCCACAAGGAACUUCUGUGUCUGCUGCAGGAUGAUGCGCUGGAGGUGUUGGACGCUCUGAUGAAUUACUUGGAGGAAACUCUGGAAGCGGUUCUAUCCAGAGGAGAGAACCUGGCACUGGACAAUAAGUUUCCAGAGUUACUGUCGGCGCUGCUGUUAGCAGAACAGAAAGUUGGAGGUUCUCUGCGUUGGCGGCUACAUGAGAAGCUGCUGCAGCGUUACUGCUGCCUGGCCAGACUGCUUCCCGGAGAACUGUUGUUCCAGAGCUUCUCCUCUCGCAUCUUCAUCAUCCUCACCACUAAUAAAGUGUUGCCAGUGCAGAGGGAGGCGGCUCGUACAUUUUGCACGUUUCUGCGCUACAACCGCAACCAGGAGCAACGUCAGGAGAUGAUGGAGCGACUGAUUCAAGAUCUGGCUCAGGGCCGCAGCUACUGGAACCGUCUGAGAUUCCUUGAUGUUUGUGAAACUGCCACUGAGAUUUUCUCCAGAAAAUACUUUAACGAACACUUCUUGAUCCCAGCUCUGGAGCUGGUCCAUGAUCCUGUCGCCAAUGUCAGAUACAAGCUGUGCCAGUUGUUGCCCAGGUUGCGCUCGUCGCUCCGCUUGCCGGCUGACAAACAGCUGCUGCAGAAACUUGACUUCUGCGUCCAGAAACUUCUCUGCAGAGAGAAAGACAAAGACGUGGUGGCCACUAUCCGCAAGACAGUGUUGGAACUGGACAAAUUGGACCUGUCAGAACCUUUUCACAAGAGGCAAGAGAGGGACUUGCUGGACCAGAAGAAGGAGAAGGAGGAAACCCUUCUGCUAGAGAUAGAACAGCUGGAGCGCCAGCAGAAUGAUGGGAAGCUGAACUCUGACAAACAUACGGAAAGAAAACGAAGAGACAGUAAGACCAGUCUGUCUGCCACAAAGUCCAUGUCUGUGACUUCGUCUGGAGCAGUCACGUCCUCCUCUGGUAAAGAAAUGAGGAAGGCUAAACUGUCUCGGAGUCGGUCCCUCAGCAGUCAACCAACGACGUCCAAACCUCUGAACUCAGACAGAACUCUGAAAGUCAAAGAGCUGAGCAGUACAUCCGGAUCUGGGAAGUCAUCCAUGUUGUCCAGCAAAGAUGACUCCUUAAGGACGGCCCACUUCACCAUGGCAACCCAGUCUGCCGCCUCCAUGCCGGUCUUGAUCCGCAGCAACACCACUAGCCUCCUGGACAGGGCCAGUACUCUGGACCAGAGAGACCAUAGAUCCAGUACGCUGGACCACAGAACUAGUAACAUGGACCACAGGAACAAUAUGAUGGACCACAGAACCAGUACCUUGGACCAUAGGACCAGUGCCAAUGACCAGAGAGACUACAGAACCAGUACCCUGGACCAG